UGCAGUCGGUCUGCACGCUUUAGACCGGAGGAUGUUGCUCACCUCUGCGCAUGCGCCGCACCUCACCGACACCGACUGCAGGAAGGAUGGCGGAGGAACGCGGAGACCCGUCCGAGCGCACCGGGGGCUCAGAUCCGAUGGAAGACCCCCUGGAAGAACACCAACACACCACGGUGAUGGUCGUGCCCAGCCUGUCCAGCCGACUGGAGGUCAGCGUCGCCGAGACGGAGAAACGCAACGGGAAGAACGCCAUGAACAUGCAGGAGACCUUCACGGUUUACCUGGUGGAGACACGGCCCGUGGAGCCCCUGGCCGACGGCCGUCAGCCGGCCCCUGACUCGCUGUGGAGGCGUUACAGUGAGUUUGAGAUCCUCAGGAGCUACCUGCUGGUCACCUACCCCGCCGUCGUGGUCUCCCCACUGCCCGAGAAGAGGGCAGAGUUUGUGUGGCACAAGUUGUCGGCGGACAACAUGGACCCCGACUUCGUGGAGCGCCGACGGGUCGGCUUGGAGAACUUCCUCCAGCGAGUGACAUCACAUCCUGUCCUCUCCCACGACAGCAUCCUGUACCAGUUCCUCACCGAGGAGCAGGGCUGGAAGGAGGCGGUGUCCGACACCGGGUUCCAGGACAAGGCCGACUCCCGACUGCGGGCCUUGAGCGCCACCUUCAGGGUCAGGAAUCCUGACAGGCGCUUCGUGGAGAUGAAGCACUACAGUGAUGAGCUGCAGUCGCACACGUCUCAGCUGCUCCGUGCACGUGCACGUGUGGCUGACCGUCUAUAUGGUGUCUACAAGGUCCAUGGAAACUACGGCCGAGUCUUCAGUGAGUGGAGUGUCUUAGAGAAACAGAUGGGAGAUGGUCUGCAAAGCGCAGGACAUCACAUGGACGCGUAUGCUGCCUCCAUCGAUGAUAUUCUGGAGGAGGCCGAACACUAUGGGGACCAGCUGAAGGAGUAUCUGUUCUAUGCUGAGGCUCUACGCGCGGUGUGUAGGAAACACGAGCUGAGCCAGUACGAGCUGGAGCUGGCCUGCCAGGACCUGCUCUCCAAGAAGCAGCAGAGGGAGGAGCUGGCCACCGGGAGCGUGAGAACCUUCUCCCUGAAGGGGAUGACCAGCAAGCUGUUCGGCCAGGAGGCCCCGGAGCAGAGGGAGGCGCGCCUCCACCUCCUGGAGGAGCAGAUCAGCGAGGGGGAGCAGGCGGUGGAGGAGAGGAGGGGCGAGUGCCAGGUGCACGUGGGCGGGGCCUGGGUGGACGUGCAGCGCUUCCGGCAGCAGAAGGACCGGGACAUCCGUGAGGCUCUGAUUGGCUACGCUCUGAUGCAGAUCAGCAUGUGUAAGAAGGGAGUACAGAUGUGGAGUAACACCAAGGAGUGUUUCCUGAAGAUGUAGCUCUCCGCGGCGGCUUCCGGCUCCUCUAGUUAGCUCUUGGAGUCGUUAGCUCCAGAUAAUAGCAUCUUUUAGCUGACAGUGGUGAAUACUAAGAGAUCGUUAGCUCUUAGCUGUGGAUUAACUAGCAUAUUUAAGCUCCUGAACAAUGGAUGCUAGCAUAUUUUAGCUGAUAGCUGUCGAUGUUUGGAGCCACAUUAGCUCCAAACACCCGCACAAACACGCUAGGAUUUGAGUUGUGCAGUCGAUACGACCCUCAAGGUGGGGAUACUAGCGCCUGUUAGCUCUUAGCUGUUGCUAGCUGCAGCCUUUAACUUUAAGAUUGGUUGCCUCUUGCUGUUCUUAAAAUGCAUCUGGGAUAAUAUUUUAUUUUCAUCAUACACUACGACCUUUGACCAGACAUAAAGGAAGCGAUCCCAGAAUGCCAAGGUUACAUAUUGUUUGAUUCUAAAGCACAACCAUUUUAGGAAAGAUAAGACUUAUGGACGUAUGGCAAACAUAUGGAAGAAUAGAACUGCAUAAACAAUGCAUCCAAACACACACAUGCACAGAAAUUGUUUUCUAAAAUUUCAGACAUAUUGUAUAGUUGAAUGUAUUCAUAUCAUUGAAUCAAGUUAAUUGUGUUGCCGUUGCAAACUGA